GGCCGAGCCCUUGGGGCCUCCGUGCCUCGCGCCGUCGGCGCUUUCUCCGCCCCCCACUCGGUCUUCCGCCGUCUUGGCGCGGGCACGUCCACUCGGGCCGCAGUUGGGGGCGGUCCCUCCCUGUACGCCGGCGCCGGGCCAGGCGGAGUUGCUGGCCCCCGGCGGCGGUCGCAGGCGGGAGCGCGGGCGGAACCGGAGCAGUGGUGUAAACGCUUCCAACUUAAGUCCGGAGCACCGGCACACAGACAGUUCAGCAGCGGCGGUGCCUAUCCCAACAUCCCGCUCUCGUCCCCCUUACCUGGAGUGCCUGAGCCUGUUUUUGCUACAGUCGAUGGACAGGAAAAGUUUGAAACCAAAGUCACCACACUGGAUAAUGGGCUUCGUGUGGCCUCCCAAAACAAAUUUGGACAGUUUUGUACAGUAGGAAUUCUUAUUAAUUCAGGAUCAAGAUAUGAAGCAAAAUAUCUUAGUGGAAUUGCUCACUUUUUGGAAAAAUUGGCAUUUUCGUCAACAGAUGGAUUUGACAGCAAAGAUGACAUUCUACUGACGUUGGAAAAGCACGGGGGUAUUUGUGACUGCCAGACGUCAAGGGACACCACCAUGUAUGCUGUGUCUGCUGAUUCUAAAGGCCUGGACACAGUGGUUGGGCUGCUGGCCGACGUGGUCCUGCACCCCAGGCUCACAGAUGAAGAAAUUGAGAUGACACGAAUGGCUGUCCAGUUUGAGCUGGAGGACCUUAACAUGCGGCCUGACCCAGAACCGCUUCUCACGGAGAUGAUUCAUGAGGCCGCUUAUCGGGAAAACACAGUUGGCCUCCACCGUUUCUGCCCCACAGAAAACAUAGCAAAGAUCGAUCGAGAAGUGCUUCAUUCCUACCUGAGAAACUACUACACCCCUGACCGCAUGGUGCUGGCUGGGGUCGGGGUGGAACACGAGCACCUGGUGGAAUGUGCCAGAAAGUACCUCCUGGGAACCCAGCCAGCCUGGGGAUGUGAGAAGGCUGUGGACGUCGACAGAUCAGUAGCACAGUACACUGGGGGGGUUGUCAAGCUGGAAAGAGACAUGUCCAAUGUCAGCCUGGGCCCUGCGCCGUUCCCCGAGCUCACACACAUCAUGAUAGGACUAGAGAGCUGUUCCUUCUUGGAGGACGAUUUCAUCCCCUUCGCCGUACUGAACAUGAUGAUGGGAGGUGGCGGCUCCUUCUCAGCUGGCGGACCUGGCAAAGGCAUGUUUACCAGGCUGUACCUCAACGUGCUAAACAGGCACCACUGGAUGUACAAUGCAACCUCGUACCACCACAGCUAUGAGGACACGGGCCUCCUGUGCGUGCACGCCAGUGCCGACCCCAGACAGGUUCGAGAAAUGGUGGAGAUCCUCACGAAGGAAUUUAUUUUAAUGGCUGGAACUGUGGACGUGGUGGAGCUGGAGCGGGCCAAGACGCAGCUGAUGUCCAUGCUCAUGAUGAACCUGGAGUCCAGGCCCGUGAUCUUUGAGGACGUGGGGAGGCAGGUGCUGGCAACCCGUUCCAGAAAGCUGCCCCACGAGCUGUGCGCGCUCAUCCGCAGCGUGAAGCCAGAAGACAUCCGGAGAGUUGCUUCUCAGAUGCUUCGCAGGAAGCCUGCAGUGGCCGCCCUGGGCGAUCUGAGCGGCCUGCCGGCCUACGAGCACAUCCAGGCGGCGCUGUCCAGCAGAGAUGGGCGCCUGCCCAGGACCUACCGGCUCUUCCGCUAGAGGCCGCCCAAGGCCCGGCCCAGCUGCGGGCUGUGGGCGCAGCGUGUGUUCACACGUGUUUCUCCGGGUGUGAGUUUAGUACAAAGAUUCAUAAAAGGUGCAAACCAUGGGACUCUUCUCUUAAACUUGAACAAAUUUUAUGUCGUUGAGCAGAGUUCGGUUUCUGGUUCUUCGCUGUUGAAUAGGCCACUCGGUGGAAUAAGGGUUUGCCUUCACCGUGGCUAGAAACCGGUGGAGCGCAAGAAGGUUCAAGGCAGACCGUAGGGAGGCAGGUGAGCGUUCGUUCUGUCCUGCGCUCCCAGAGAUCAACGGUCCUGAGUCGGUCAGCCCCAGACUCUCUCCCCACAGAGGCCACUAGGCCGGUCGGCCUCCCCUCGUCUGCUUCGUGGAGCGUUUUUCUCAGCACGGUGUUUUCCUUCACCCUCAGUGAGGACAGGGUGUCUCAGCAGCAUCCCUAAAAUAAGGCUGGAAGCAGGCAAGCAACAUGUUUCCCUGAGGGUUGUCCAGUGGGACCCAAUCUUGUGAGGCCUCUCGUCCUUUCGUUGAAAGAUGUGUUCCAGUUGCAGGCGUGUCUGAGCGCACCGGACGGGAGGUGGGGUUUCUUAGACUGCGUGGCCUGUGGGGAGAGCAAAGCCGGGAGCGUGCUGGGAGGUAAAGGAGUGCUCGAUUCAGCAGGUGCGCAUGGCAGUGUCAGGAGCGCCGCAGGGCCCGGUGACUUUAGUGACCUUGGGUAGCUUUGGUUCUCAAACGUGAGUGCGUGUAGAGUCCCCGGGAGCCUGUGGGCCACCUCUCAUGGCCGUGGGGCCGUUGCUGUCCCAGCACUGGGCGGCUGUGGCUGUGUGGCUGUCCCAGGAGAGAUCCUGUGGUCCAGCCUUGACCGCUCAGGCAGGAGGGCAGGGCCGUUUGAG